AUGUCUUCGAGCAGUUCAAGUGAAGGAGACGAGCCCACCAAUUCCAGGAAAAAUCUCGUGACUGUCCAUGAGCUUGAUGGAAGGGAACUUCAAACUAUCAACAGGCAGAUGACUCGCGAAAUAUUCAGGCUAGCUGGAAGAAACCCAACGGACCACGCGAGCUGCUUCCACGCCUGUGUUCAGAUGGUGAAUGAUACAGACGUCAUUCAUGCCACCGACUUCAAGGAAUGGGAGAAACAUAGCUAUGUCCAGGUUGGCCUUGAUAACCUUCAGUCAGCGCAGGGCCCGGAUGAUCGAUAUGACCCAGAGAACCCAGCCGUUUGGAUGAUGAAUGCUCCCGUGGCCGUCGCAGCUGCAGCAGCACUCAACUUACCACGGAUACACAUUCAAAAGGACAGUCGACUCAUAUGUGCCUUCAACAAGAGCGAGCUCUGGGGCUGGAUCGGAGGUGCCAUUGACUUUUGGUCGUCACUGUCAGGUCCAAUCGUUUCUACCCUCCCUAUUGGAGCGAUCGUCCGCCUCUUGCAUGUUGCAGAGAUGAUAGACGACAGCGACCAGGGCCAGCCUACUGUCUACCCAUUGCAGUCCAUUACACUGCCACUAUUCAUCCAUUUGCGCAUCUCACAAGCGGAAAUCCCGGCUCAGGGAGAGCACUGGCUCCAGAAGCGGACGUUCUCGGAGGUCUAUGUCACUCGUCGGGAAGAGGUCAUGCAGAAAGGGUACACGAGGGUGUUGGCGAAGCUUGGGAGUCAACACCAUGACCAAGCCGCUCUUGCAGGGCCAAUAAAUGGGUGGCUGACUGAGAAUUUCAUUCGCGUUCUCCCAAAGGAUGUCAAGGAUAAACUCUGGACAUGGUCACUUCAACACCACUCACAGUGGCAGACCAGUAUUGCCCAAGCCACUGAAGAUCUAACCGAAUGCUACAGCUUUGAACGAACUCGAGAGGUUUUUGCGCAACUGGCAUCUUCCGACCUCCAGCAAUUCUUGAAUCAUGGACGAUGCCUUGUUGAGGCUCUUGACAAUAAAGUGUCGAGAAACAUUUUGGAGAAGCUCGCUAAGAAGAUGCGGACUCGCUUUUCCCUUGAAGCCCCUGAGUUCUGGUAUGUGGCCAGCGAGUGGAGAGAGAUGAAGAAAAGGUUGAUACAGAACCUCUCACUUGUUGGAUCACGCACGGAGACCCCUGGGACGUUAUUCAUGGGCCCCAAGGGUCAAGAUGACAGAGACGCCCUGGCCAGAGUCAUCCAGCAGGUUGCUGACGCAAGCAUCUGUGGGACUCCAAAGUGCCCGGCACUGAUUGAUACUUGGCUGGUCUUACUCCCACUCAUGGAUUACACACUGCUCCCAAGCAUCUGUUUCGACACUACACGGGCGAAACAAAGGUGGGCUCUAGCCAAGCAAUUCCCCUCCUCAAAAAACUUAGAUGGGAAAGAAUUCUCCAAGAUGGCAACUCUGGUAAACAAUAUUGAUUCCAAGAGUAUGCUUGUGGCGUAUGCGGUUUUCUACAGUUACCUGCCCCGAAUCCUACACUGGAAGGACUCUGAGCUGCUGGAACGCUGUCUCGGACGUCACAAGACGCUGAUCGCAAGGAUGAGGGUGAAGAAACGGCCGCGUGCAGACUCCGAUAGGGGUGUCGGCACGGAAGCUAAGAUUGGGGACUCGGGAAAUAAGGGGUAUUGGGCGAGGCGUCUGUAUUUACAUGCCUUCACAUCAGCGCAGAUCGAUCACGAAGAAUUUUAG